CGACGGAAAGAAGAGAAGAAGAUAUGGUGACGUACUAAUUCUGCGACAGGGAGUCCAGUAGCAUGUAGCGGCGGUUUGGAACGUCUCUCUGGAUUUGGCCCGGACUCUGAAAGAAAGUGGACGCUUCGGACUUUUUGGGCGGCUCUUUGAUGAUGUGAACAGUCGGCCGUGUCGGUGGUGUCGCGGAGCAGAGCGUGUCCUGGCCGCAGAGGUGGAGGAGGGCUGGCGGAGGCUUUGAGCUCCGUGUCCGGGAUGGAGACCUGGACCCCGAACCCCCGAGCCAAGCCUUUCAUCCCGCGCCAGCAGCGGAGCUGGUACCUGACCUGGAAAUACAAACUGACCAACAAGAGGACGAUCCGGAGGUCCUGCCAGGCUGCUGCUGUGCUCUUUCUCCUGGUAACCGUCAUCGUCAACAUCAAACUGAUCCUGGACACCAGGAGAGUCGCAGACGAAGAUGCAGCAGCUCAGGAAUACGAUGUGAUUCCCAACAUGGAGACGCCGCGCAGGCCGGCUAGCGGGCGCAAAGUCCUGGACAUCGAGGUGUAUUCCAGCCGAUCCAAGGUCUACGUGGCCGUAGACGGGACCACGGUUCUGGAGGACGACAUGCGGGAACAAGGCCGAGGCAUCCACGUGAUCGUCCUCAACCAGGCGACUGGUCAUGUGAUGGCGAAGAGGAUCUUUGACACCUACUCCCCCCACGAAGAUGAAGCUAUGAUCCUCUUCCUCAACAUGGUGACUCGGGGCCGAAUCCUCAUCUUCACCAUAAAGGACGAAGGGACGUUCCACCUGAAGGACGCCGCUAAGAAUCUGCUGAAGACUCUGGGGAGCCAGGUGUCCCUCAACCUGAGCUGGAGAGACAUGUGGACGCUGGUGGUGAAGAAAGGAGGUCAGGUUUAUGGAGAGAAGCACUCCAAGUCUCCGGCUCUGUCCACCUGGGGCGACCCGGUUCUGCUGAAGACGGAGGUCCAGCUCACAGCCUCAGAAGAAGCCGAGUGUCACUGGGCCGACACCGAGCUGAACCGGAGGAGGAAACUGUUCUGCAGCAAGGUGGAAGGAUACGGCAGCAUCUGCAGCUGCAAAGACCCUGCGCCCAUCGAGUUCAACCCCGACCCGCUUCUCAGCAAUAACGUCUUCAAUGUUCCGGUGGCUAUCAUCGCAGGGAACAGACCCAACUACCUGUACAGGAUGCUGAGGUCGCUUCUUUCAGCUCAUGGUGUCAACCCCCAGAUGAUCACCGUCUUCAUCGAUGGCUACUACGAGGAGCCGAUGGACGUCGUGGAGCUGUUCGGACUGAAGGGAGUUCAGCACACACCAAUCAGCAUCAAGAAUGCCCGAGUCUCACAGCACUACAAGGCGAGUCUAACAGCAACCUUCAACCUUCAUCCUGAAGCAAACUUUGCCAUUGUCCUGGAGGAAGACCUGGACAUCUCCAUUGACUUCUUCAGCUUCCUGAGUCAGACCAUCCACCUGCUGGACGAGGAUGACAGUCUGUACUGCAUCUCAGCCUGGAACGACCAGGGCUACGAGCACACGGCCGAGGACCCGGCUCUGCUCUACCGGGUGGAGAGCAUGCCCGGUCUGGGCUGGGUUCUGAAGAAGACCAUCUACAAGGAUGAACUGGAGCCAAAGUGGCCGACGCCUGAGAAGCUGUGGGACUGGGACAUGUGGAUGCGGAUGCCGGAGCAGAGGAAAGGCCGGGAGUGCAUCAUCCCCGACGUUUCCCGCUCGUACCACUUCGGCAUCAUCGGCCUCAACAUGAACGGAUAUUUCCACGAAGUUUAUUUCAAGAAGCACAAGUUCAACACGGUUCCCAACGUGCAGCUGAAGAACGUGGACAGUUUGAAGAGAGACGCCUACGAAGUGGAGAUCCAGAAGCUGCUGAAAGAGGCGGAGGUCCUUGACCACACCAAGAACCCCUGUGAGGACUCGUUUGUGCCAGACUCUGGGGGGAAGAUCUACGUCAUGUUCAUAAAGAUGGAGUCUGAAACAGACACGUCCACUUGGACUGAACUUGCCAAGUGCCUGCAUGUCUGGGACCUGGAUGUUCGAGGAUACCACAGAGGCCUCUGGAGGCUCUUCAGGAAGAGAAUUCACAUCCUGGUUGUGGCCGUGCCCAUCUCCCCGUACUCGUUGAAGAAGCCGGCCACCGUGACUCCCAUCCACUUGGAGCCUCCUCCCAAAGAAGAAGGAGCGCCGGUGGAGCAGAUGUAGACCUGAUGGUGGAGCCUCAGACCUGGGCCGGACUCGGUCCUGGUUCAGUAAACACUGAAAGACCAAGAACCACUAAUCCAGCUGGACUCGUGACCAGGCAGACACCGGGGAAACUGGUCACAGCUGAGUCCGUCCUGCAGUCUGACAGGGACGGUACCGGGACCGGAUCUGGUAACGGUGACUGUGCACCCGCCGUUCUGUCUCCAUGACAACAGUGUUGAUCUCAGUAGAACUUUAGAGCUUCAGUGUUUUUCUAAACUACUGACCGUGUUGUCCAUCCUGUAUGAACAUUCUAACUUAUUUAUUUUACAUCAGACACCACUUCUACUGUUUGUUUUAUUUUUUAUAAAGAAGGAAAUAACUUAUCAAGGUCAGUUCAUUUUUUUAGAGUCCAACAUUUACAAAUAAUGAAAUGAUCAUGAACAAACAGGCUGAUAUAUAUAUUUUUUUAUGAAAAAUGUGAAAGUUUGAACUAUUUUUCAGCCUCAGACGCCGUGAGUCGUGAAGGUGAAAUGAGGGCAUCAUGGCAGACAGAACCUGAACUAAUUUUUACAUUUUAACUAAGUGAACCACGAACGAUGCUGCAGACGUUGCAUUUUUUCAGCUAAAUUAGCGACAUUGUGAAACCUGCUGCGGGUGUCUGAUACAGCCCGUCUACGGCUGAGGGACAGCUGGUCCAGACGGGAUAAACCUCUGUCUUUGGUAUCCAUUGAUCUCAUUGGUUACCAGCUUGUGACAGGGCCAGGGGAAAAAUGAGGCGGGAGUGUGUGGUGAUCCCCAGCUUCCUGAAACUUCAGCUUUCAGAACUCCAAAAAGAAAAAUGCUGCUUGUAGCCUGUCCAUCAUCUGCAGGGCUGCAUCUCAGAUCCACCUCUCCUCCUCGUUCCUCUGCAGUAUCAGUGAGCUCUGCUAAUCCUGGUAUCCAGGAAAGACACUAGAAAGACGGAACCGUUAGCUAGCUAACGGAUUCACAACCAGAUAGCAUGUUUAGCUAGUUGGAGGAUAAUAUGUUGUAGCAGGUUUGUUUUUAGCGGGGGUUGGGCUGGGUUGGCGUUUCCUCCGCUGAUCUCAGACCAGUCCUAAAAAUCCUAAACAGGAAGUUGAUGAAAACCGGUUUAAAAGUGGAACUCGCAGCUCGGACUGCGCCGUAGGAUGGCAGGUCAGACUGAAUUCUGGGUUUGGCGUUUCAGGUUGUCUGACUAAACAUGAAGCUUUGCAUCAGUUUCUAACUGCAGUUUCCAGGUUUAUGAAAUCUUUGUCAGAAACAUCAGCCGUGAGGUUCGCUUGGUAAAGGUGUGAAUUUUUAUUUUUUACAGCUGGAACAGUAUUUUUGUACUUUUGGGGGAAGCUGCUGCUGUUGUCGUUUAACAUCCUGUCCCAUGACUGAAGUUUGUUUGCUGCUGUUGUUUGCAGACAUUUUUUUCUUAAACUGGUAUUUAAUUUUUCUUUUCAUUUCAAUCUGCAGUGAAAGUGUUUGUGUGAAUCUCCUGGACCUUGUAUGACUGGAAGUCCCUUCAGAGAAUGAAUAAAGAUGUUUUUUACUGA